AUGGCGACGACAGAUAACCGUGGACUCGAUCAAUGGUCAAAUCUGCCGGCCCUGCUCUUUUUUAGCUCGAGCUCUCGGAAAGUCACUGAAUUGGAUGAUGAUCCCGGCAAGUUCUUCUUCAAAAUAUCAAUUUCUACCAUUGAACAACCUUACUACUCCGGACUCGAUUUCGAAACAACAGUCGUUGACAUUGAAGACGAUGAUUUCCUUCAUUCUCGCAUUCACGCCAAAUUCAUCAAGACGAGCACUGGUCAAUGGAAGUCAGAGUACCGCGAGUUAUCUCCUCCUAAAGAAGAGGUUUCCUAUAUUUUGAUCAAUCUAGUUAGAUGCACUGGCUGCGAUCGUUAUUCUUAUCCUGUUAGCACUUAA